AUGAAUUCAUCUACACCAAACUUUGAACCAUGGUUUAUUCCAAUUGAUGUUUUAAAUAUUGUAUGUGAUGUUACAGUCAUAGGACUCUGUGUUAUUUAUUCAUUUCUAAUAAUUCUUGACAAUACUUGUCAUACUGUACCAAUGAUGUUAGUUGCUAAUUCAUGUUUAAGUACAUUUUUAUCAGGAUGUGCUCUGCUUAGUAUGCAUUUAAAAACAUUUGAAAAUGAUCUUAAACAAAUUUAUUAUCAAGAUUUAUUAUGUGUUGUUCGGGCAUAUAUUGGUUAUGUCGCAUGUGCUCUAUGUAAUAAUUCAUUUUUGUUACAAGCUGCUUAUCGAUAUUUAAAAAUUGUUCAUCCAGCUCGUUUAUAUUUUCAAUCAUAUCGUUUUUAUUUUUUAUUAAUCUGUUUAAUAUGGAUAUUAAGUUUAUUAUUUCCUGCUCCAUUUGUAUUCACUAGUGAAACUCUUUACAAUUUAGACAAUCAAAUAUGUCAAAUAUAUCUUCGACUUUCAGUUUCAGUAAUAAUGGUAGCAUUAUGCGUUUAUGUAGUACCAAUUACAUUGAUUACAUUUAUUUAUUUUAUGCUAGUUCAAUAUGUUCAUAAAAUGAGUAGUCAUGUUGCAGCUGCUAAUACUUUAUUUCACGCAAAGAGAGAAUUAAAAAUGGUUAAACGUACAGUUCUAUUAACAACUAUAUUAGUUAUGGUUGGUUUUCCUUAUGCAUUAUUUAUUUUAAUGUCAUUUUUUACAACACUACCAAAAUAUCAUUUUCGAAUAGCUUAUGUAUUUGUUGAUGUAUCAAUGGUAUUUGUAAUGUUAACUUUAUAUCAGUUUACUGAACCACUGAAAACAUCGAUGAUGAAAAGAAUACGUAGACAAAUAAAUAUAGCAAGAACAAUUGCAUAA